UCAAUCCGUUGCGAGUUCAUUGAUAUUGAAGGCCCCGCCUCCCUUCCUCAUCCCGUAACUGUGGCCAGCGAGAGGCACUGAGCUGACGAGCUCCAUCGACCCGGUUCCUUGUCGCCUUGCUGCUCUCGCUUCCAUGGCCACAAGCAGCAGUAGCACCAAAACGAGCUGAAGCGAACAGAGUACAACCACCUUGUCCUCAGAUCUCCCACCCUGUUGCCUCCCUCCGAUGGGAAGCGCCGACGAAACGAAGCCGUUUAUCCUCUCCGACCCACUUCUCCCCUCCGCCCCAUCCUCCGCCGUCGCACUCGCAGCCGAGGAAGACGAACAGUACCCACCAAUUAUCUACAACCACGGUCACCGUCCUCUUCGCGAUCUCCCUUUCCUCAUCCUAUUCAUCCUCCUCAUUCUCUCCACCUUCGUCCUGGGCAUCGUCGCAUCCGUCCGCCGAAACCCUAACCGAGCUCACGCUUCUUCUUUCAUCUACGACCCAAUCUCGUCCUCUUGUAUUCCUUCGUCUUCCACUUUUUUCUCGACCUUCAAUUCACUCUCUCUUGUCUCUUUUUCCUCCUCCCAUUUCCUCCGAGAUCUCAUCUGGACUCUCGUCAUCACUCUGUUGCUCGCCUUGCCGAUCGUUUUCGCCCUUUUAUCCCUCCUUCGUCAUUUCGCCAAACAAGUAGUGUACUCCUCCAUUCCCUUCUUCGUCCUUACCCCGAUCUUCCUCAAUGUGUACUGGUUCGUCGCUUGUCAAAUCGGCGUCACUUGUCGCGAUUCCUUUCCCCUCGCCUACCGCAUCCUUGUACUCAUCUUCGUCUUCUUCCUCAUCGCGAUCGUUGUUUGGAUCAUCUUCUCCAAUUGGCACCGCAUUAAACUUACGGUUCAUAUUCUCCGGAUAGCUUCAGCUGCGCUUGUCAGCAACAUGCUGUUGCUCGGUGUGCUUCCGUGUCUAAUGUUGGGAUUGCUGGUGUACUUUGUGCCGAUUGUUGUGUUCUUGGUGCUUGUGACUUUUAAUGGGAGUAUUGUACCAAGGGAGGGUGAUGAUGGUUUGUAUUCUUGCAAGUGGAAGCAAGAUCGUUGGGUGCCUGCGUACUUUGCAUUGGCCAUAAUUACAAUGUUAUGGAGCUUUGCGACUAUGUUAGAAGCGAAGGUUUAUGUGACUAGUGGAACAGUUGCUCAAUGGUACUUCUCCAUGGAGGGGGUUAAGCCCCGUAACAGCAUAAGGAAUUCUUUGAGAAAUGCUUUUGGCCCCUCCUUUGGUACGGUAUGUUUUUCAGGAUUGGUACUAGGUGUGGUUCGUUUUGUACGGGCUAUUGUAGAUAGUGCCAGAAGGGAAGAUAUUGCUGUAGGCUUUAUAAAACUACUACUUCGGUGUUGUGCCAAUUUUUUGCUCACUGCAUUUGACUUUCUCAAUAAAUUCACCAUAAAUUUUGCUGCAAUAACGGGUGAAAACUACUGCUCUGCUGCAAAGAUGACAUAUGAGCUUUUGAGACGAAAUCUUCUCUCUGCUGCUUUUGUGGAGACUGUGUCAACUCGAAUUCUCGUUGGAUUAAUCUUUGUCAUCUCUACGUUGUAUGCAAUUGCCGCUUUUGCAAUUUUGAAGGCUAUCAAUGAUCUCGGCACAGAGACGUACUACAUUGCAGUUCUGGCGUGGCUGCUUCUCAUGAUUGUGCUGGGCUACUUCAUCCAUGUGCUCGAAAAUGUUAUCGACACUAUAUACAUUUGUUAUGCCAUUGAUAGGGACAAAGCCGAAGUUUCUAAACAGGACAUUCACGAGGUUUUUGUUCUGCUUCCUCUCAGCAGAAACCACAGGUCAUCUCUAGACUCCAGAACUCCUUUCUUAGCGUGAUUAUGUUUUAUUUCUGAGUCCUUUGCAUCAGCAUUUGGGAUAAUGAGGUUUAACGAGGUCAGUUUAUUCACUACAUAUUUAAUGAUGAUUAAGGUUUUGUUUGGGACGGCUUUUUUGCUGCUUCUUAAACAGUUUUUUAGUACAAAAUUUUUCAUUUUUGUAUUAAAAAGCUGUUUUAAGAAUCAGGAAGAAAGUCGUCCCAAACGAACCGACCCAAAGAUAGACGAUGCUUGCUUCCCAGCGAUUGUAUCAUAUGGUUUGUUCCUUCUCCAUAUUUUGUAGAGAAUUUGUAAAAUGUAAUUUUGAUUAUUUUUAUUCUAUGAGGAUGAAUUAAUAUCACAUUUCCUUGCGUUAUGCUACUCUUGUAAA